AUGUCCGCCUAUGACAAUGCCGCUCCAGCGCGACGACCCGACAUCAAGAAGAAGCUCGUAGUUGUUGGAGAUGGAGGUUGUGGAAAGACUUGUCUCUUAACGGUCUAUGCCGAGAAGCGGUUCCCCGUGGAAUACGUCCCCACCGUUUUCGAAAACCUCAUGACCAUGAUCCCCUCCCCCACCGACCCCUCAAAAAUCAUCGAACUCGCUCUUUGGGAUACCGCCGGUCAAGAAGACUUUGACAGACUACGGCCGUUGAGCUAUAACGACACGGACGUGAUCCUUAUUGUGUUUGCUUGCAACCACCGCCCAAGCUUGCUGAAUGUACAAGAUAAGUGGUUUCCAGAAAUGGCCCAUUUCUGCGAAAACGUCCCACUCGUCCUCGUCUGCACCAAGACAGAUCUCCGUACCGAACAACAAACACAAUCCCUCAUGGCUGCUCAAGGAACAACGCCCAUCACUACGCAAGAGGGCGAGCGCGUGGCGAAAGAGAUUGGGGCGAGACGGUAUAUGGAGUGUUCGGCCAAGGAAGGGCUGGGAGUAAGAGAUGUCUUUGAUGCUGCUGUGAGAGAAAGCUUGAAGAAGGGUGGACUGAAGAAGAUGAAGGGGAAAAAGUGCGUCGUGCUGUAA